AUGGAUGACAACGCAUUGCGCUCCGUUAAACGCUACAUCACCAACCACGACGCCAACGGCGUGACGGGCUUCCAAGAGCAGAUCCCCGAGGCCCUGAAAUGGCAGCAGAUGGCCAAUGGAGCCCUCUUCUCCCUGGCAUAUGCGACCAAUGAAACCCCCGUCCAGCUCAGCGAUGACAAGGACCUCAGUGUCUACAAGUCCAACCUAGAAGAUCUGCCUGGUAUCACCAUCCCCGGCGGCACCGUCCUGCGGAUGGUCGACAUGAACCCCGGAUCGAUCUCGCCGAUGCAUCGCACUGUUAGUUUAGACUAUGGGGUUGUCUUGGAGGGGGAAGUAGAGCUGAUACUCGACUCCGGGGCGACACGACUACUCAAACGAGGGGAUAUCGCGGUGCAGCGUGGCACCAAUCAUGCAUGGAAGAACCCGAGCGCGACAACUUGGGCACGUAUGCUAUAUGUCCUACAGGAGGCAAAACCGCUGGAAAUCAAUGGGAAGGCUUUGCAGGAGGAUUACGGCGGUGGAAUGGAUGACGUGAAGCCGUCGAAAUGA